AUGCCUAACAUCAUCUCCCGAAUCUGGAACGCCGUGCGUCGUUGUGUCCGUCCUUCGCUUACUCAACCAUUCACUUCCGAGGAUCCCGCCUAUCAGCCGAUCAUCCGAGAGCUGUACAGGCCAACUACGUCCGACUCAAUUUCCCGUUCUGUGAGCCUUUCCGUCGAUUCGCAAGGAUCGCUGCCGUCCGACGAAGAAUUGAAAGAGUACGAGGAGCUUCGCAGAGGAUUUCAUCGUCCGGUACGUCACGGUGUGUCAGUGCGAACAAGCGUACCGAUGCUUUUACUUAGUGUUUAGAAGCAUUUGCGAUACUGUUAAAGUGUUAGACUUUACACAAUAUUUUCUGAAAAUGCAAACUUUGGCUCGGUGCCAAGGGAGUGCGCCAGUGUGACGUCAUUUCAGGUGACACCGUGUCUACUCGAGUUUAUUUGUUUUGGUGUGGGGUGCAAAUGAUAAUUUGUGUUGCUUGCAAGAUGUUUUCGAAACAAUUUGUGACGCAUUAGGAGUCACUGAUGAUUCAUCAAUUUUUAUUUAGGAAAUGCUCGUGUCGUCAAACUAAUUUUUCCUAUUCUCAGAUGGAAAUCUGCUCGAUGGAAAGCACCGACUCUGGCUACGUUUCUUCCGAUUAA